AUGAUGGUGCUGCUACUGAUGCUGAUAAUGGUGAUGAUGAUAAUGCUGAUGUUGAUACUGAUAAUGGUGAUGAUGAGGCUAAUGAUGAAGCUUUACCAAUGCUAUUAUCAUGCUGAUGAUGCUACUAAUGUUGUUGUUGAGGAUGAUGAUACUGAUGCUGAUGAUGAUGCUGAUGCUGAUAAUGGUGAUGAUGCUGAUAAUGAUAAUGGCGGUGAUGAUGAUGAUGAUGAUGAUGCUAAUGAUGAAGCUUUAUCUGCUGACGAUAAUUAUCAUGCUGAUGAUGCUCCUUAUGUUAUUGUUGAUGAUGAUGAUCAUAGUGAUAACGAUAAUGAUAAUUAUGAUAAUUCUGAUGAUGAUGAUGAUGAUGCUCCUGCUGAUGAUAAUGAUGAUGCUAAUGACGAUGAUGUUGGUGAUUGUGAUGAUGCUCCUGUUGAUGCUGAUGAUGAUGCUGAAUGA